UCCCGCUGGGGUGGGGGAGAGCUCGAGCGCCGACGGCAGCAGCUCGCGACGGAUGGCACGCGGUGCUGCUCCCUGGCCGAAGAGCAUCCGGCCGAUCGAGGACGUGCGGAGGCCACCACACAUCGCGCGGGCCGUCCUGUGCGAGCCCGAGGGCGCGGCGGCAACGCGAAAAGGCGAUGCGCCCGCGCUGGCCGGGGAGACUGACACUGUACAAGAGCGAUCUGGCGGCGGCGCUCUCCGAACGAUGGUCCGACCGACCGCCGGGGCCCUCGCUCGCUCCCAGCGCGACUGUCCAGGUGAGACUGAAGGCAGUUUGCGAGAGGACACCAACUUCACACCCACACCUCAGGUGCUCGGUCUGGGAACCUUCCUGGAGCCACUCGCUCCACUCAUAUCCGUUAGGUGGCCCCCAGGAAGGCCCCGGACCAGUGCAGGCGCUCUCCUGGCCCAGGAUCGUGCAGGUGUACGGUUGGCGCCCCCGAGGCUGAGAGGCAGCAGGUGCCACGCGCCACGCGGCGGGAUCCUCAUUCCCGGCGCGCGGCGCGCCAGUCCAGGCAGCGGAUGAAACACGCAGCUCUCAGCUGAGCCGACUCAAACGAUCAGCUCCUAAGCGGCCAAGAGCCCUAGAGCGCCGGCCUCUCAAGGAAACACGGCGGAGGCGCGGCGGGAAACCAGAUCGGAAGAAAGGGGAGAAGGAGGGCACAAGGUGGGGGAUGAGGCGGAGGAGAAAGUGGGGCAAGGUAAGGUGGGAUGCACGAGAGUGAAGCGCUACAGCCCUCUGGGCGAUGCAGGCACCUCGCCGUUGGCCCCCGUGGUAAAUUCUCGUGCUCGCUAUAAAAGGCGCGCGGCGCGCGACGCGCGCCAAACCACGCACAUUCGGCACAAUCCUCAUGUCCACAGCAGGGUGCUCAGGGAGAUGCCGAAGCGGGGGCGACGCCUGGAUGACGCUCAGUGGGAACUUGAAGUCCAGACUGAAGGUCGUGGGUCCGAUCUUGCCAUACUGGCAGACUACCU